AUGAUGAGUGAAGAGAAGGAAAAGAAGAGACCGGGCCCACUAGAUCUCUCACGCUCAGAGCACAUUCCAGACAGUGAAAAGGACAUGUCAACGUUUGCCCUGCAAUGCGUGAGCCCUGGCUUGCCACCGUUGAGUGCAAAGAUGCAGACCACGGUGCUACAGUCCAAAUCAAUCGAGCAACAACAGCGUCAAAUCAUUGCACAGAGAGCUGGUGUUCUUUCGUCGCCGAGUGACGACCACGCUGUGGAUGGAUGCGCCAAUGCUGAGAGUUUGCAACGAGCAACGCCGUCCACAUCUGGGUUGACCAGUAACAUGGAGAGCCUGUCAAUACCAUUGACGAGCUCGAAUAAGCGCCUGAAGCGUGAUCGGGUUCCCACUCCUUUGAACCUUGGCUCAGCAAGGACUCAACAACCACAGACCAUCAGGUCUGCUCCUAUAUACAACUUUUCGCAGCCACUCUCACCACAGACAGCACAGAGAGCCAACUUCAAGAGAGCUCAGAGACAAGCUGUGCAUGCUGUGGGAUCCCAGAGGGCUAAGCAGCAACCGCAUCAACAGGCGCUGUUGACAGCAAACCCUCACAGAGCCCAAAUACCCUUUGUCAAUGCGUCGCAUCCGCAAUACACGGCGAUGAACAACGUAUAUCGUCGCGUACCACAGACCGCCACCAUAAUGCGUCAUCCUGGCCAGGGUAUGCCCUUCUCGCAACGUCAAUGGAUAAAGUACCAGCAGCAGUUGGCAUAUCAACACCAUCAGUGGAGCAAGUUCAAGAAGUACCAGAACUCGCAAGCCGUGAGCCAUGUCACGGACGUGUUCCCAGGUGAAGGACAGAGAUUUGCACCGCUAGAGGCACAAGCUCUCAGUUCACAGCGGUGUGUGUUUGAUACAGAGGUUAAGGCACAGACGGUAACAAAGGAGCACAGGAGAAAGAGGAACCACGAUGAUGAAGAGCUGGACGAUGAUGAUCCCGAAAGCGCUGCUAUAGAGGACGAUGCCGAAGUCGGCAUCAUCACAGGGAUACAGAAGGAACAGAUUGUCAGUGCAGAGCUGAAACUGGCGAAUAACGUGUUCAGAUUCGAACUGGAAAGGCAUGGUGGGCUCGAUAAAGAGAGAUUCUUGAACCACUGUGCUACGGCGUGGGAUCAGUUUAACAAGGUAUAA